AUGGCAUUACCGGUUGCUGCGACAGUCGCUUUUGUCCUCGGAGGUGCUGCGUACCUCGACGCCAAGUAUCAGGUCCGCCAUGACUAUGCAACCGGAUCCCUUGUCGGAAACGCCCGACGUGCGAGGAACUUUGUAGAGCAGCGUGCGGCUGAGAACAAGUUGCUGAUCUCGCAGAUUCUUCAGUCACGGGCCGAGAAUCCAAAAGAAGCGGAUGAGGUCUUUCUUCUCUUCGAAGACCGGAGCUUCACAUGGCGUACUUUCUGGGGGGCUACCAAAAGAAUAGCCAACUGGCUGAUAGAGGACUCGGCGACAGGUGGAGUCGGGGUUCAGAAAGGCGACAUUGUUGCCAUGGAUGGUGGCAACAGCCCAGAGUAUGUGAUGCUGUGGUUUGCCAUUGAAGCUGUUGGGGCGAGCCCUGCCUUCAUCAACUGCAACUUGACAGGCACUCCAUUAACCCACUGUGUCAAAUUGUGCGACAGCAAGGUCUUGAUCGCAGACGUUGCUAUUCGAGGCCUAGUGGAUCCUGUCCGACAGGGGCUCGAAGGAGACGGCGUGAGAGUUCUGUGGUAUCAUACAGACUUCUUUGACGAACUGAAGGUUGACAAACCGCUACCCAAAGACAGACAGUGCGGCCACAAGCCGGGCGGAAUCGCGGGUCUGAUCUACACCAGCGGGACCACUGGCUUGCCGAAAGCGACGGUGAUGACCAAAGGUCGAGAAAUAAACACGGCGAGAACCAUUGCACUAUAUUUGCGUCUCAAACCGGGCGUUCGCAUGUACACCGCCUUGCCACUAUACCACGGGUCGGCGCAUUCUCUAUGCGUCAUCCCGGCCAUAUAUGCAGGCUCGACUGUAGUGUUGGGGAGGAAAUUCAGCCACAAAACCUUCUGGCCCGAGGUGAGGAGCUCCGGCGCACACAUCAUCCAGUAUGUGGGAGAAAUGUGUCGAUACCUGGUCAACGCGCCGCCACAUCCCGACGACCGCAACCACAAUGUCCGCCGGGCGCUGGGCAAUGGAAUGAGGCCUGACGUAUGGGAGGCAUUCCGGCAACGCUUUGGCGUCGAGACAAUCAAUGAGUUCUACGGAGCCACAGAAGGGGUCGGAACUUGCUUCAAUGAGAACCGAGGACCCUUUGGAAGGAACGCCGUGACACGGCGAGGGCUUCUCUGGCACUUGAUGAAUGGGCACCGGGAAGUACGAGUUCAGAUCAACAUAGAGACCGAGGAAGUUGUUAGAGGCCCGGAUGGUUUUGCUGUCAGGUCCAAGAUUGGCGAGGCUGGUGAGCUCUUAAGCAAGCUGGAUCCGGCUGCCCCGAACACGACUUUCGCCGGGUACUACAAAAACAAGCCUGCAGGAGACAAAAGAAUGAUUUCAGACGUCUUCCAGAAAGGAGAUCUCUGGUUUCGAUCGGGGGAUCUGACGAGAGAGGACGCCGAUGGCUGUGUUUACUUUGUUGACAGAUUGGGAGACACCUUUCGCUGGAAAAGUGAAAACGUGUCAACCAACGAAGUUGCAGAGUGUCUCGUACAUUUUGAACAGGUGGCCGAGGUCAAUGUUUACGGUGUCGAAGUACCGAAUGCAGAUGGCCGAGCUGGGUGUGCUGCGAUCGUGCUGGCCGAGGGACUAAGUGAAGACACAUUUGACUUCGGGGGAUUUGCACGACACGCUCUGGAGACGCUUCCUCGAUAUGCUGUCCCAAUCUUCAUCAGAGUGGUGAAGGAAAUACAGUAUACAGGUACGAUGAAGAUGGAAAAGGCGAAGAUGAGGAAGGAAGGCAUCGAUCCGGAUAAGAUCCAUGCAGCGGCCCAAGCUGGCGGGACCCCGGAUUCAGUGUAUUGGUUGCCACCUGGCAAACAGGCGUAUGUGCCGUUUACAGUGGCGGAUUGGGUAUCGGUCAAGAAGGGGGGUGUCAAGCUUUGA